UUAAACAUGUCAGGUAGAGGGAAAACCGGCGGUAAGGCCCGAGCAAAGGCCAAGACUCGCUCAUCCCGGGCCGGACUUCAGUUCCCGGUGGGUCGUGUCCACAGACUGCUCCGCAAAGGCAACUACGCUCAGCGCAUCGGUGCCGGCGCCCCCGUCUACUUGGCGGCCGUACUCGAGUACCUGACCGCCGAGAUUCUGGAGUUGGCCGGCAACGCCGCCCGCGACAACAAGAAGACCAGAAUCAUCCCUCGUCACCUGCAGCUGGCCGUCCGCAACGACGAGGAGCUCAACAAGCUUCUCGGUGGGGUCACCAUCGCCCAGGGUGGAGUUCUGCCCAACAUCCAGGCCGUGCUUCUGCCCAAGAAGACCGAGAAAGCCGGCAAGACAAAGUAAUUUAGAAACCACCGC